GAAAGUCAUAACCGGAAACCGCUGUCUUAAUCUGUGUGGCUUCGUAGAAACCUUCUUCUGAACGAGUCAAACCAACCCGGAACUUUUAACUCAACUAAAACAUUCGUCCAAACUUUUUGCAAGGACUUUCCUUUUGUUUUCGUACAGCUCAGAUGUUUUUUGUCAGGAAAAGGUAGUUUUACGGAUUGGGAUAAUCUUUGUUCAGGGAGAAAAAAGGACAUUUGCAAAUGUUUCUCGGUCCGACUGCGGCGGUUCCUGCAGGACAGUAACCCUCGACUUGUCUUCAUAAACCAGGUAGGACUCAGAAAAAAGCACUGCAGCUGACUCUCACACUUCUCUCACAGCUCUGUCCUGCUGAUUUGCACUGAUCUUUGACAACAAAUACGCCACUUUUAAAUAGAUAUUAUCAGUUCAGACAAUGUUUGAUCAUCAUACUUCUUAAUAUAGCAAGUUUAACCUAAGUUUACGGUAUGUACUUCAUUAGAAACUUAAUAAUAAGGGUUAUAUGUCUCCUAAAGGGAGACACUGCGGUUGGUAUUUCACAGAAUAUGAACCCGGAGGUGUAAAAUAAAGAUAUGAUUAUGAAAAUGUGUAGAAUUAUGUCUUAAACUACCACACAGGACUUUGUUGAACUGUUGGAACCAGCAGCAACUCAGAGUUGUACUCAUCUAUGCAUAGUAUCUGCUUAUCAUUAUAAUAAAGAGACAUAUUAUUAGGGUGGGAUGGAGGUUUUUUAAUUAAAUAAAUCAAAAAACAAAGGCGGGAUUUUCCCUCAUCCAACAGUGUUAAGAUUAUGUAUUAAAGAUGCAUUAAGUGUGCGUGUGUGUGUGUGUGUGUGUGUGUGUGUGUGUGUGUGUGUGUGUGUGUGUGUGUGUGUGUGUGUGUGUGUGUGUGUGUGUGGGACCCUGUCAGGUUAGGAAUGUCAGGCAGCUGAGAGCUUCCCCCCCUACACUCACACUCACACACUUGCAAAGAGAGGUGGGGGUCUGUAGGUCCAGGGGGUCUGAGACUCACUGAGAGUCUGCAGGCCAACAAAAGGUCUGGGCGUGCUGCUGGUUUGAAGCUUAAUGAAGCAAAGUGCUCAGAGGAGCACAGAGACACUGACAGCUGCUGAACACGGGGAACACUCUAAUCUGUUUUUUCUUGUCUGUGUCCACUUUGUCGGGUGUGAUUUGUAGUUUUCUGUGGAAGAAGUUAUUCUGUCCUGAAGGGGAAAUAAGCGUUUGCACCACAGUAUGACCGCAUUAUGUUUUAUGUACACACAUUUCCCUGUGCCAUGACUUGACUUCCCAAUAUUAUAAUGACACACCAGUCUGUUAAGAGUAGUCCUCUUUGAUAAUUACAUCUAUGAUUGUCUUUUAGAUUAAUUAUAUCACAUGUAACCAGGCCUGAACAGGGUACAUAAAUGUUUUACUCACAUAAAAGUACUUUUACUUUGAUGAAAAUUGACUUCAAGCAACUGUGACAAGUUUUUAGCUGAUCAUUAAUCAGGUUGAUAUUAAAGGGAUAUUCCUGCGUAAAAUUAACUGCUGCGGGGUGACGCAGCUCAAGGAAGAACAUUUAUAUUCAUUUCUUCAUGGAAAUGCAAUCAGACCGAGACACUAAGGCAGAAGAACUACUGCGUCUGCAGUGCAAAAUGAUUAACAUGGUGAGUAUUACUUCAAGGAAAUGAUAAAGAAAUUAUCAUAAAUGUUCUUCCUUGAGUCUGUAAUGGACUGGCCUGAGGUCUCGCUACAAACAAGCGGCUGCUGGAGGAGAGUGGGUGAGGUGUGUUUAGUCUCUUUGCUGAAGAAAUUAGGCAAAGCUAAAAAGAUGUUUGGUGGUUAGUGCUGUGGUUAGGACGCUAUAUGUUCUGUUGAUGAAGUUAGGUGCUGUUCUGAGCAUUAUUUGUGGCUAUAGAGUGGCGUUUUUGGUUAAGGUUUGUUUAUGGCUCCUCAGACCGAGAAGCAAGCGGUUGGCGACAUUCAUCUCUCGAAGGGGUGUCUACCUCGGUGUUACGGUGUGUUUGACCCUAAAUUAAUUUUACGCCGGAAUAUCCCUUUAAGAGUGAUGUCUCACUCUGAACCAAAAAAGCAAACAAAACCUCCUGAAACAAGACUGACAAUUCCUGGAUUGUGGAUUUAAUGUCCGUGACAGCUGUGAGGUGGUAGGUGUCAGACCAGAGGACUGACAGUGUCACCUGCUGCUGCAAAAAACUGAUACCAAUACUGAUUAUUAGUCAUGAGACCCAUUAACAGAUAUGCAUUGACAGUGACUAUGAAAAAUUGCAUCAUUACAAACUGGAACUCAAAUCUGAACAAAUGCUGUUAGAAAAUAUCAGUGGUGUGACAUCUAGCCAAUCAGACAGUGUUGUGGGUGUCGUUAUCAUGUGGACAUCUUCUGAGACAAAGUGGUGAAAGGAAACAGACCAAGAAAGAGAGAAAGACCAGCAACAGUACCAGAGUAACACACUUCUUUCAUUUAUGUCCUGUAUCAGCUAUCUGUUCAAUAAAAGGCCAAUUCACAUUAUCAGCCAAAUGAACAAGCACCGGCCUGAUAGUUGACCAGGUUAACUGGUGUAGCCCUAAUUUUUGGGUGCAGUGACAAACUGUGUUCACAGAAAAUGAUUUUUGAAAGCGAUUUUGAGCCCAUGUAGUGAUUUCCACCUCAGAGUCAUGUUGGUUUUUACUGCAGUAUCAUAGGGGUUACAGUGCAGCCAUCUAGGAGUGGUUCUGGGUCUUAACAGAUUUAUCCUAACCCUUAUCUUUGAGUCAUGAUGUACUGACGAAGACUUAUUCGUAGAUUUUGGUAAUUUCUUGCUGAGGAACAUUACUGUGAAAUUGUUGAACUAUUUGCUGACUCAGUCUUUCACAGAAAAGGGAAUCUCUUCCCAUCUGAAACCCUGACAGACUCAGCCUUUCAUUUUUCUACCCAGACAUGUUGAUAAUUCAUGCUCAUUAACUUAGUUAGGUGGGAGACGUGUCUUCAGGUGUGUCUUCAGCAUGACAGUUUUCAAAUUCGCCAUCUGAUGUGUUAUACUUGUUUUAUUUUUAAAUAGAUAUAGGCAUUUCACACAGUAUCUGAUGUCUUGGUUGAGGGGUUGUAUUAAAUGCAACGAUAACAGUGAGUUUAGUGCUCCAGCACCUUCACUUGAACUUCUGUAUAAGAGCAGACUGACAUGUGGAGGUGCAGGUUUUGCGUCCAUGUUUGUUAGUGAGGGGAUGUCACAGACAGGCACAGGCAGGCACACACUUAGGUGGUUAACCUCCAUAAAGAGUGAGCUGAACACCUCCCCUCUCUACUCUGCUGAGUUAAGAAGGAAACACUGAGCAGUGCAGAGGUUUUGACUGAUCAGCAUUUUCUUACACAGACUCUUGAGCUGAAAUGUACACCCCCCACACCUUAGACAGUAUCUUAAAAUAUCUGUGAAGAAUGAACGUCAUGAAAAUGUUUCAGAGAAUUCCCCCCCGCAUAGAAAAGCCACGCCUUUGUCCUCUCAUUUGUUUGUAUUUCAACAGUUCCUCACAGCUUCCAGUAAUAUGAUUAGGUUUAGUGAGUGAUAUCUGACUGUCUUUGUCUUGGUGCAGUGAAGAGAAAACCUCAGCGCCUCUACCUGAGGUCUGAAGCAUGUACGGACAGGUCAGGAUGAAUGUAAACUAAUAGUGCUCUGUCAGCAGUAUGAACGGGUUAACCCCGAGUGCUGCAACUUUUUACUUUCUGCUCUGAUUUUGCUACUUUACUAACAAAAUCUGCUGAAAUGUCCUUUUGAAGGAGUUUCACAGGCUACAACUUUCUACCCCUGCUGUCAAAUCUCACUCCCUUUAAACAUUAACAUUAUACAUUGCAUUAGUUUGAAAUACAUUCACUUACUACAGUUUUGACAAUUUAACAUGUUAUAAAUGUUACUUUAAAGAUAAACAGAAGUCAAUGUAGUUUUUACUCUUAGAUUCCCAUUGGAGCCAAUGGUGGAAUCAGUAGUGGCCCCACGAUACGAUAUUAUCACGAUACUUGGGCCACGAUACAAUAUUAUUGUGAUUCUUAACAUUUUGCAAUACAGUGAGAAUUGCGAUACGAAAUAUUGCGAUUUAUACAGUUGUUUUCAACUGUUUAGCUGAUUUAGCAUUUAUCUGUCCCUUAUGUUUGUCUUGUUUACACUGUAUUUUAUUUUCAUGUUGCACAUCUUGCGAACCUUUUGUAUAUUUUUUGUACUAACUUUCUUCUGCUCUAUGAUGUCUCCUCUGCCAACCUCAAUGGACAAACAGUUGAUUUUUUUAUUUUAUUAUCAUAGAUUUGACUUCAUAUUAAAAACAAAUUUGAAAAAUUGAUACUUGGUAACGAUACUAUAUAUCACUAGACAACAUAUCGCAAUACUACGCUGUUUUGAUUUUUUCUCCCACCCCUAGAUAAUGUAUUCAUCCUUAAAAUCUUAUCAUUCUUUGAACAUAGUUAUCAGAAAAUACUUAAUCCUUAAACUACAGUAGAAAUGCAUUCAUGAUAUUUCAGGGUGUGUAAUAAAUGCUAAUGCCUGUUCCACUGAUACAGAUAGUUUGACACAGAUAGUGACAGCAUGGUGUUUGUACUGUCAAGGCAGAGCAGUAUUUGGCUGUGGCAGAUAUUUGGUUAGUUAUCUAUAUUGGCUUUUUGUGUCAUAGAUGGCAGAUAAAAUCAAUUCACGAAAAAGCGUGCUAGAUCCACUCUCCUAUUUUCACACUGGGCGUGUUUUCUUGCACCACUUUGUCUCACCUAAUGUCCCACCCACAACACUGUCUGACAGGCUAGAUGUCACACAACCACAGAGAUAUGUGCAGUUUAAGUGUGGCUGGUUUGUGGUAAACUCCUGUGUGUGAGGUUGAAUGUUUCAGUGCUAAAGGCGUAUAAGCAGAGUUGUGUGUCGGAGUUUGUGAUAAUCCAAAUGUUUGAAUAUCAGUCCCAAAUAUCAGCUGUUAGUCUCAUAAAAUACUAAAUAUUGGUAUCAGUUCCUGGAAACCCAGUAUCAGUCUACCCCGGUUGCAAGGGUAUGUUGAAUGUCAUUGAGUGGGAUUAUCCGCUCAUCUGGGUCCAGGGUUCCUCUGGGUCCAGGAUUCAGGGUUUAAGUGGUGACCAAUCUACUCUUCAGUUUGAAACAUGAGGUCAACAUUUUUGGUUAUCCUGGAGUAUUGUAUGGACAGUGUUUGUCAUUGUUAUGGGUGUUGCUGUGCUUGUAAACAUGCAGAAAGCAACACAUUUGUCUGUUCCCAUGUUGAGAGAGUUUUAAAAACUUUUGAAAAAGUGUGAUUAAUUAUGGUAAACCAUGGAUAAUCAUGCAGUUAAUUACACUUUAAAAAAUUAAGUGAUUGACAGGCCUGGUACAAUCUCAGCAUUCAAACAUUCAGCCACCUGCCUCAGAGAAAAAACAUUUUUAUAGUUUCACUAUGAACGCACACUAUAAUAAAGUGUUCAAAGUAGACUGAAUGCAAACAAGGGAAUAAUUUGGUUAAAGCCGACAGAGUCAUGGACUCAAGCUCCUGAUUACUGGAUUGGAGCUCAGACUGAUACUCAGCUUACAGCCAACAGACGCUCUUUGUUGUUGCAAAGACAUGACGUGCCAUUAGCUAGAGUUUGUACUUGAAUUUGCUGACUCAUUAGCUGCCCCAGAACAAACCCACAUUCCCCCAAAUCUCUUUAAGAUCAAAUCUGCACACACUGGUGGAUUUGUGUAGGAGGGAAGUUGAAAUGUGGGACAAUGACUCUAUUACAAAACUCUGGGGAUUCCUUUCUGUGCGGUGCAUUAAUAUGAUGUCGAGCAAACUUGAUGUGAUUGUUUGCAUGCUCUUGUGAAAAUCAGCGUCCUCCACUGCAGAAAAUUGGAUCCUCCCUCUGUUUGGUUUUGAUCAGGAAAGACGCUGCCUCAGGGCGAGUGAGGUGAGAAGACAUUGAGGGCGUGUGGUUGCUGUGACCAGAGUAUUGCUUUGAAACCUGCCAUAAACUCAGAGAGAACUCUUUUAUAGACUGUAGUGAUGGUAUGUCAGCUAUCUAAGAGUUAUUACUCACUGUGAACACAAGCAGACACAAGCUCUGCUCUAUUUCCUCCACCGUGAGCUCAUGAAUGUACAGAAGAAUUCAGAUCCAGCUGUAUUGUUUCCAUGUGCUGACAGCGAGGAGGAGACGGAGGGGGACUGGAGGGGAGGGGGAGGGUCGGGAGCACAAGAACUUCUUCUGUAUCCUCUGGGAAUGCUGUCUGAAGGCCGAGGAGGAAGUGUGUAUGAUGUGUGCGUCUGUGUUUAAGUUUUUGCGUGAGUUUGCGAGCCGAAAGUGGUGAAAAAGGAGUGAGAGUUGUGUAGUUAGUAAUUAACUCCCUCAGCUUUCCUCAGAGCUCUAUGAACUCACAGUGAAAGAGGAACUCUGCUGUGAAGCUGAAACAACGGCCGUGAGUCAUUUAUGAGUCAUUUACAACGUUUGAGCCGGUCUGAUCAGCUCACAGAUUCACUGCUUCUCUCUGAACGGUUUAGCUUUCACUUUAUUACUCUCUACACUCAUUGAACUGGAAUUCAAUUUGACAGAAGCACAGCAGCUCAUGAGAAGAAUCAGUGUGGUUAGAAAUGAGCGCACACAGUGAUUGAUGAAAUGACCCACAUUUGAGGCGUAACAACGCAUCGACUCAUGUUCUCUUCACCCUAGGGUGAAGUCACCGUGAGAGGUUUCGCCUUUUUUGUGAGUCCAGGUUAAAGGUCAAAGUAUUUCCAUGACGAAAAAGGUGAAGUUAAUGUGAUGACAUGUGAUUUGUUUUGACUGUUUUAUGUUUUAUUUUGAACAGGUAGAGAGUGGUGGAGUCAAGAGGGGCCAAAAUGCCUCAGCAGAAGGACAUAGUGAAGAUAGCCAUCCAGAUGCCAGGGGCUUACCCUCAGCUUAUACAGCUGGACCAGGUGAUACUCACACACGCACUGAUACACAAAAACAGUCUUAAAUAUCUUAAUGAGUUAUCAACAAGCAUAGAGAGGAAGAAGAAGGGAGGGACGGUAGGUCAAAGAAUCACAGUAGGAUGACUGUAUAAGUGGGCUGGCCACGUGAUUGAAGUUGCGAUGAAGGCGUAGUCCUGCUAUGGUACCUAUUUUAAUGCAUUGACUUCAUUUAUUGAACCCUCUGUUAAAAACUAAGUGCAAAGUAGGGCUGUCAUGACGUCACAUUUUCACCUCUUGGUUAUAAAAAUUCACAACAAAGAUAUGAGCUUAAUAUUCAUGCACUGUAAACCCGAACAAGUUCAGAAAACUGAAAAUUUUUAUCGUAACCGAUUACGUAAGAGCUUGUAAGUCAUGCCGAUAAAUUUUUUGAGUAAGGCUAUACUUAAAAAAAUUGUGUUCAGUUAACUUAGUCUUUAUUCUAAGUUUAAUCUAUUUUUUUUAUUUCCCUUAACUUAAUAUUCAUGUCUUCUUCAUACUUAAAUGAUUUGAUCGAAUGAUACUUAUAAAAACUAAAUUACAUGGACUUGAAAAAUGAACUGUACACAAUGUAUUAUAUUAACAGUAUCUACUCAAAAAUUUACACCUUAACAAACUCAAAAUAUUUACCACUUGCCAACUUAAAAUGUACAAGAUGCCUUUUUUUCAGUUUGUAAUGUUGAAAACCAAAGUUUGAAAAAAAAAAAGAAAAAAGCAACACAAUCAGUUUAUUUAAGAAGAGGCAAGUGACAGGACGCUUCUUAGACAUUACUAAUGAACACAGUUGACUAACUCACAUGUCAGCAUCCAUUUCUGAUGAUGCUCAGUGUUAUGUUUAUCCAGUGCUUUGACAGAUACUUCCAUGGUGAGGAGAUUGUUGUUUUUGAUGCUUUUAUCUUGAUGUUUUUACAGCCAUGUGUGCCGUUUACUAAAUUUUCUGUACUGGGGAAGCAUGCUUUGAAAAAAAGAAAAAUAAACACCACUUCCUGUAACUUGUAAGAUGUAGAACAGAAUGAAUGAAUGUAGAUGCAUUUAUCAAAACAGUUGAAAAGUGUAUUAAAUCUUUAUUUGUAAGCAUCACAGAAAAGCCUUGUUAAAAUAAGGGUUAUGCUAAAACUAGAAUAACUGUGUGAUUGUGAUUAUCAUGAUUCCCAUUGCAGUUUGGGAUAUAAUACGUUAAGUGAAUGUGCUUGCUGAAUUAUCAAGGAAGAUGCCGUGAUUACUGAUAGUUUUUAAUGGCAUUUUUCUGAUUUAAAAACUGAAUGUGAAAAUACAAAAAAAAGCUUGUACAGUACCGUUUUGAAAAUAAAGAAAUAAAGAAAUAAAACAAGGUUUCACUCACAGCCCUCAUCAUCAUCAUCAUUCUCUAGUUCAGUUCUCAGACUUAUGCUGUUGCUGGUGUCUGUUCUGUCUCACUGAAUCUGUUCUGAGCCAUCAUGGGAAACUCUUGUCCUCAGCUGGGGGUCCUGAUGCAGCACUUCCUUCUAGGCUGCUUUAGGUGCUGAUCUCGGUAAACCCAGAGACCACAGUAGUGACCAAAACCCUGACUCAGAGAGGGUUGUGUAGUUUGGGAACUCCCUCAGGCUGGCCUGACAAAAAAAGCGACCCAUCAAGAGGGCCGCACCACACAACCCACAGUUUAAGCCAAACACAGCACAACACCUGAAUGAGCCUGAGAGACAAAACUCAGGGGGACAUGAUAAGGAUUAUCAACCUUGUUAUGAAACAGACUGAAAUGAAUACAGACGCCUCUUUCCAAGAGCAGACCUGACAAACAGAGAAGAUUCAUUACUUAUGAAAUUUCAAAUGCCUGAAACUGCUGCCAUGGGGUCAGUGUCAGAUGAGGUGAUUUACGGCACCUGAGGGGACCAUCUUAGGCCCUGAGAAAUAUCAGCAAACCGAUCAGAUCUAAUGUUCUUUGCAAGCAAAAUUCAGGAGUUAAAGUUUCAACUGCACUUCAGGCAUUAAAGCUGAAAUUUCAAUCACACGUAUUUCAGCUGUUCAGGAGAUCUGAGCCACCAGAAGAGAUCUAACAAAUACUUGCAUAGCUUAGACUAAAAUCAACACUAGACUUAGUUAACAAGUUUUAUAUAUUUUAUUUCUUUAGGCCUGAAAUGACAGGUGUAUUCUGCACAACCACUUGCCACUCACCAGAGCUGUGGCUCCAGGUGAUGAAGACUUCAAUCUGGUUGUAAACCAGCAAAUGCAUUUUGAGGCAUGGUUGGGUUUGCAGUAUUUAGAUCAGAAAAUGGGUAUGAACUUGUAUGAAGGCUGUGUUGGAGCCAUGUACAACAAACACAAACAUCUUGAUGUUGUUGCGCAGGUAGGACUGAAGGCUGUGCUGAUGUUACCCACUGACUCUGUGAUCUCAAAAAAUAAUCUAAUAAAUAAAGUACAGAAAACACCUUCAGCAAUCAAACAAUGAGAAUAAUUAACAACAAACUGAGAAAUUGAAUAAUGUGUUUUCUUUUAUUGUUGUCUCAUCUGAUAAUUGUAGACCCAAACAGCUUAUCUGAUACUGUGGGGUAGAAGUGCAGGUAUACAUGGCCUGUUAAAAAAACAGUGAUGCAGUGUAAAAAUCCUCAGUAAAGCACACUCUUGAGUUAAAAUGUAGAACUCUGUUUAAUGGUUACAGUUCGUUUUUCAUGUGACCCAUCUGCAUGUAGGAACCCUCAUCAUUGUUUUGAAAUAGGAGCUGCAAAAAACUUGAAUUAUCCCUUUAAAUUCGAAAAAGAGUGUCCAGUCUCGAAUCAAAUUAUUUGUAUUUUAGAUCUUAACCAAUCCAGGCUACCAGUCUCACUCGAACACCUCUGAUUGGCUGACCUUAUUGGCUGCCACUAAUAACAGAGCAGCCGCUGGGUGUACCGCAGAACCCAAGGACAUUUUGAUUGGUUGACCACUAAUGAGCAGGAUGGCGGAGAGUCAGACGUGGAAGUAGUCUGGCUUUUAUUUAGGUACAAAGCGAGAUCUGGGCACUGAGGGGAACAUUGUUCAGAAAGUGUUUGGGGAGCUCUAGGAUUUCCUCCUCUCAGCCAACGAGGUUUGCAGCCAGACAGAAUAGCUGUGGUAGCAUAAUCCCAUAACAGCCAGUCAUUACUGAAGCAUGUGUCCAGCUCCAUGACUGAGAGAACAGUCUGACGGUAGAGUCUGCUAAAUCCUGUUUUUACGGCCCACAUGCAUGCAGCAGGUGUGUUUUCCACUGUAACUAAUGACUCAUUUGGUGCUGUUUUGUUGUGUGUCUCUGUGCAGAAAAAGCCCUUGUCUGCUGUGAUAAAGGAGGUCUGUGAUGGGUGAGUCAAUGAUAAUAAAUCCAAUUAGUUUGGUGACUAGAUUUUGUCUGUCUGAAUUUUCUGUUUGUUGAAUGAAACUUCAUUUAAAGCCUAAACCUGAUGUGUGAGUUUUUGUGCAUUUACAGCUGGAAUCUACCGGGUCCUGACAACUUCGCUCUGCAGUACGCUGAUGGAGUUCAGACGUAUAUCACUGAAUCGGUGAGUCACAUUUUUGCACAGAUUCAUGUAAACACCAAUUAUUCUUCACAUAAUGAGGAAAUCACACCUAAUAUAUGUCGAGACACUGAGCAACAGACCUGAGUCAGCCUUCUGUAUGUUUUUGUGCUUAAAAUGAGAUUGUUGAAACUCAAACUUAGCAUGAAUCAGCACUUUGUAAUCCCCCCUGCCCCAAAAGCUCUUGAAAUUACCUGACUGAAGAUGAAGUCAGUGCCCCACACUGGAAUUUAAAGUGUAGGAGUGACUGAAAAAACAAAGGACAGAGUGCGGGAAGGAAAAGGAGAAGAGCAGCUGGAGCUACACUCAGCUCCUCAGUGUCAGGUGACCUUUUCAAAGGUUCCCACUGACAGCCCUCCCCCCCUUUUCCAGCUGAAGUCAGGGCUGCAGAAGACAUUACAUUUUCAUUUUUCAGAGUUAGACAGACGGAGGAGAAAAGCUCUUUGUUUAUGUUCGUAAAUAACUGCAGGCAGACUCUGAAAGCAUGCUGCUGUUUACAGAGAGUGAACUUUGACUGUCAGGAAUCCUACUCACGAUACAAAGACUCUCACUUUCAGACUAGAGGUAAAUGAGUUUAUAGAGAAACGCGCAUAUUUUAGUUCAGAGAAAGCUCCAAGAUGAGUCUGAUAAGUGCUUGGCUUUAUUGCUGACAGCGUUGUAAGUGAUUAUUUCCUGCUGUCAGAAGUGGUCUGAUCUCAGGAAAAUGCAUAAACCACAGAGAAAGAAACCUAUUCAGUCUUAAAAUUGUGACUCAGUUAUUUAAUGUUUUAUUUUUCAGAACCUAAUAUUAAAAGACACUGAAUCAAACUGUGUGGUUUGAUGGGGGUGGAUCAGGAUACCUUUCUGCUCUUCACCUGUAUCUUACAAUGACUUGUUCAUCUCAUGCCAUUCUUAUUCAAAAACCUCUGGUACAUCAAGCUAACUCUCACCCAGUCAGGCCCUCCACUUUGCUGUGAAGAAGCCUCGCUUGCCUUACUGUGGCCCCUACCUCUUUUCGCCUUUGUGGCCCAACAUCUGUGGUAAACUCAAUUUUCCCUAGAAGUGGCAUGUUGGGAAGAAACCCCUACUCUCUUUUCUCCCCUGGGUCUUAGUGUUUUCUUUUUGAAAAUGCUCCUCCGCUUCUUGCUCUGAAGUUUUGAUUCACCCCCUUUUUUGUGGCUAAACAAUCCUCUAAAGGGGUUCCCUGUGAAAGGCUGUUCCUUCUUUCUGUUCCUACAGAGAUGGUCUGUCCUGUUUGAAGUACUGUUUGGCUCUUCUUGCCUUUUUUACUGUGUUUAACCUUCCUCUUUCUUUACUCAUAAAUCAGUUUAGCCCUUUUGUCGUUUAUUUUUACAGUUUUAUUCUACAGUAGUGUCGACAGUUUUUUCCCAUGCGAUCUUAUUUAAGCGUUGACAGACAGAAGUAAAAAGAGAAACUUUGUCAGGGUCAGUCGUGCAAAAACAAUCAAGUGAAUCGCCUUCAUAUCUUUUUAUUUUGGUUUGAGCCUUUUUUUGGGACAGAGAGCACAGAAAAGUCUUGCAACCACAAUGAAAACGGCACAGGACACAGAAUCAGCUAUCAAUAACACAGAAUCUCCUUAUCAGUGAAAGCAAUGCUUGUCCUGCUACUGCACAAAUUACACAUUUGUAGAUCUACAAUUACACUUCCUCAUUUCUCAUACAUUACAUUUAUACAGACAAAUAUUUUAAGUUACACUUGUGCAUUAUAUGUGUGGAUAAAGAACAUGAUUAGGAAUUUGCACACGGUCUGUUUUGCCCUUUGCUUUAACAACUGAUCUGACAUCUUUGACAUCUAUGUCUUAGUGUUGUAGUAGGAAAUUCCCUCAGCCAGAAUCUUGUAGCCCUCAUCCUUUUUCGUCUCACUUGUCUCUGAUAAAUAACUUGAAGCUGGAGUUUAGGUUUAUCAGAGGACAGUUAACUACAACAUCUCUUUAUUGUGCAUAUUUGCAUUGUUGUUGAGGGUUCGGGUAAAGGCAGUUUGGAGCUUGAUAUCUUUCUUCAACUUACUCAUAAGGAAGUUCUGGUGAAAAGUUUGACUUUACAUCUUUUUUUUUAAAUGAUUCGAUUAGUCUAAGCUUUCCAGCGCCAUACACUGCACAUGAGGUCUGUGUCCAAGUUUGCAUUUUUGGAUUGGUUGCAGGGUUUUACAUGUCAUGCCAUACUGUUUAUAAACAUGGCAUGUCUGUGUGCGAUCUGACUUCCUCCUUAUUGCGGUCGGUCACUGUAUAUGUCGUUUUAAAUACCUCUGUCUGCACUUCCAUGUCUGUUUGCUUCUUUUAGAAUCGUCUGGACAUCAAGAACGGCUGCAUUCUGCGUCUGACCAAGGCACCGGUAAGUCUGCAUCAGCUGGGCUCUCGGCCACGAUAGCUCUUCACCUCAUUCUCCUCACAUUCCUCCUUUCUCCGGAGGCUUCACUCUUUGAGUUUCCCUCUGCAUUGUAUAUAGAAUAAGCUGCAUGCAUGGACAUGGAGAACAUAAGGGCUUAACAGUGAUUUAUGAUGCCCUACAGCCACAUUGAGCUACAUUCAACACAGAAACAUUAUGAUAUAAACCAUCCAUGAUUAUAGAGAAUCAUCUAGUUUGGUGUAUGUGACUGUUUCUGCCUGUGUUGUUGCUGCUCAUGACUGUAGGGUCGCUGUGCAGAGGACCUGUUCAAAGGCAUCCAGAGCUCGGAUGCUGGUGUGCGUUGCGAUUCGCUGAAGGAGCUAGCAAGUGUUUCCACAGAUGUCACAUUUGCUCAGGAGUUCAUCAGCCGGGAUGGACAUCUCGUAUUGGUCAAGAUAGUGGAGGACUCAAAUGAGUUAGUACUCUUUGUGUGUGUCUGUGUAUUUGUGUGUAUGUGUCUUUUUGCAUGCACUUUUUCUCGACUGGUGUGUGGGAAACUGUCCGUCAGACAGAUAUUAGAGGUCUACUCACAUGUUGCAGCACCUGCUGCAGAACUAAAUUUAAAGAAAAAAAGGAAGUUUUGGUAUAUUCAGGGCCACAAAUACUUGACCAAGAAUUUGCAGAAUAGAAGCAGACCUUGAUCUUUUCUUCUUAUUUCACUUUCAAUAGGUAAGUUCAUUUAUUUUUCGCUGCUUUCACAGUGAAAACACCUACUGCAGCCCAGUGAGCUGAAACCCCAGCACUUUGUCAUAUGAUGGAAGUGUUUUAGAUCACACAGGUGUAAAUAUUUACACAUAAAACCAGCAGCUGAGUGACUGGAAGGAUUCCACAACAAGGUGAUCAGAUAAGGUUUUCCCAGAAGGUCAACUUCCCCUGCAGUAGUGCAAAAAAAAAAAACCUACAGCUCAGUGCAAAUUGAUGCAGCAUAAAAACAAACUAUAAAUACUGAAAAAGUGAAGGAUAGGAAUACUCGAUGAAAACAUUCAUAUAUGUGCAGAACAAUGUCAAGUUUGAUAAUUAAAACAAAAUAGACAUGAAGACUUAAGUUGUGUGUGUAAAUGUGCAAUUUUUUUUGUGUUUUGUGUCUUUUAGGAGUAAUGUGAUCAUGACGCACACACUGACAGGCUUCAUGGAGCUGAUGGAUCAUGGGAUAGUUUCCUGGGAGAACCUCUCAUCAGUCUUCAUCAAGAAGGUGCUGUAGCAGCAGCUGAAGCUGCAGCUCUCUGUCAGUCGGAUGUUUUGCUGGAGGUUUAGAUAUUUAAAGACGGCAGCUGCACUGACUCAUCUCUCUGGCCUUCUCUCUUUCCCAUCAUUCUCUCUCUCUCUCUAUCAGAUUGCCAGCUUCGUCAACGCUAAGCCGACUGAUGCAUCGAUACAGCAGGUGUCCUUGGACAUCCUGGAGAGCAUGGUCCAGAGCAGUCACAGCCUCUUCAUGCAAGUUAAACAAGAAAUUACAAUGGAAAGGCUCAUCGCUCAUGUACAGGUGUAAGUAAACACAAGUGGCAACAGUACACAAAUAAUGUAUUCAAGUUGAAGUUCUGAUAUUUGCAAAGAGGAGGACUUUUACUGUCUUCACACAUUGUUUUUUUUUUUUUCAUGUUUCACGUGUCACAUGAAAUAUAUAGAGAAGGGGAAAUACUAUUGGCUAUGGACUAAUAUUCUGAAUCAUUUAAAGGUGCAGUGUGUCGUAAUAAGCAGCAUUUUUCAGAUCAGACUUGGUUAAUUUGAAAAAACGUAUUACUGGGUGUAGGGCUGGGCCAUAUGGCCUCAAAUCAAUAUCACAAUAUAUUGAGCAGUUCACCUCGAUACCGAUAAAUAGAGGAUAACUACUCCACAAGGUGCUCACCCUCUCCCACAUUAACUUUAUCUACUUCAGCCGCUACACUUUUUGAACCGUCCUCCAUCUCCUCACCUGUCUUUCCCUCUUUGUUACGGACUGGAUGGGGUGGAGUCACGUCUCUGAUGUAGGACAGCGUCUUAAAGGGACAUUAGAUCACAGCCUACCUACACACAUCCAAACCAACUUUUAUUUAUUUUUUGACACCGAAUAUAACCAUAUGAAUAAAAUGACGUCGGUUAUUGUCGUAAAUUUCAGUAUUGGUAAAUUUUCGGUUUAUCGCCUAACCUUAACUGAGGGUAUUAGAGCAUAAUCAACCUUAAAUAAGCAUUUAUAUUUACUUAAGGAACCGGUCCCCUUCAUGGAGCUGCCCUCUUGCACCUCCAUGUUCCUGCUGUAGCUCAAGACAAACAAAUUGUUAAAGAACAUGUACGCCUUUGUAUAAGUCAGUGCCUGUGCAAAAUGCUGCAUGUGAAAUAUGAAGAUAUGGAAGAAGAAAGUGGUUGUUGUCCGCAAAAGAAUUGGUAGUGAUAGCUGAUUCUGUAUGUAAAAUCCUGAUCAUAGGAGAAUCAUACUUAUCAUGCACCACAGGAGCUUCUUGUUCUUGAAGGCAACCGUCACUCCACCAAUAAGAUUGGCGACUGAACUAGAUAUUGUUUAAUAUUUCCAUUUCUGCACACUGUACCUUUAAGUUUGCCUUUUUCCCAAUACUCCUGAGAAACUUCAGGUGCUGGUUGGUUCAGGUGCACCCCACAUACAGAUGAUAGAGCGAUUGUUGGUUUCGCUCCUGGACCAGCCCCUUGCUGCAUGUCAUCUCCGACUCUCUGCUACCCACAUUUUCUGUCUCUCUUCAGCUAUUCUGCCUAAUAAAGGCAAAAAUGCCCAAAAUAUAACUUUAAAAAACUUUGAUUCUUCAUCCUCAUAAAAGCCUGUAUUAAUCAUGUAAUACGUAAACCACAAGAAAGUACAAAUAUUUCUUUAAAAGUAUUCAUUGAAAAGGCGAAAAAGGGCAGAUUUACAACUUAUAAAUUUUUGAGUUAAGUACAAAAAUUCACAGAAGAAUGUUGAAUCUACUCUGUCUGUCUAUUUAAAGUAUCUGUACAAAUUUUCCUCCUCUGGCGGUGACAGAUUUGGACCGACUCUAAAUAGUUUGAAACCUUAAAUGUGCUGAGCCUCUUCUGCUUGAUUUAUUAACAUUUUCUUCUCCGUAUUUCUUCAAUAUUGCUAUUAGAGCUAUAUAAUUGACUCCACAUGAGUUAAAUCACUGUAAAAAAAUCACAGAGGAAGAAUGGCAGUCUCUUCUUUGCAUUUUAUUUCCAUAAACGUAGUUUCCUCCUCUGCAAACACGCAGAGUUUCACUUUGAGGCAGAGAGAGGAGGAAAUAAAGGACAGAUGGAAAAAAAAACCUCUGUAGAGUGUGUGUUCGGGGGGAUGAUAAGUGUUUGUAACAGGAAGUGAAUGAAAUACAAGUACGGACAGAACCGCUGCUUUGUGUCAGCAAGAUUUCACAGUUUGAUCUUAGAGCAUGCAAAACAAAAGGCAGCAGCAUCUCACCUGUUGUCAGACUGUUUUUCAUGAGGAAAGAAACUGUGCGAGUAUUUCAUUUUCUCCUCUCUGUCUCUUUCAGGACGAACCAGCAGAUUCAGACCAAAGCCAUGGCCCUCCUCAUGGCUCUACUACAGACAGCAGGAGACUCAGACAAACAGGUGCUGAUUAUUGGAUAUUUCUCACCAUCGAACACAGUUUUUAGAUACAUUUCCUCCUCUCACAAAACUAUCUAUACACAUGUUCUGCACUGCAGGAAAUGAUGUUGAGAUUGAGAAUAAUCCUUUAUUGUCAUUGUAACCAGUACAACGAAAUCAUCUGAAGCACGGCUCUACUGAACACAUUUGUACAAAGUUAGACCCAUUUUUAAGUUUUAUUGUGAAAGAACAUCCCUUCCUGUUUAUUUGCAUCUAGUGGCUUGUAUUUCGCACAACUUGUGCGUUAAGAGAUUGAGCUUUGAGCUGGAUGACAGACACAAACAGCCAAAUCCUUACACCAUAACUGCGGACCAACUUUUUUAUGAACUUUUUCUGUUAAAAAGUUCACACAAAGAUGAGACAAGAUGUGUAACAGGUAACUGUUUUGAACAUUCACCAUGAGCGGGUGGAUGAGGUGUUGUUGUUCACUUAUUAUUCAUGCUGAUAUAAACAAACAGUCACUAUUAUGCAAGACCUCCACUCCUCCCCCAGCCUCCACCACACCGUCACCCCUUACCUACACCAAACAAAGUAUUUCGAGCUGUGUGACUGUUGCACACAAUCUUCUGCUGUAAGAUGCAUGUGUAAAAGAAUAGUGUUCGAUUGUUAUCGUUUUUUCAACAGCUGUUGCCGUUAAUCAGAGAGCAGGUCGUCUGACAGCCAAAUUAUCAUGCUAACAUCAUGAUGUCGUUUUUUCAGAUUUGAUACGCCGUCAUUAGGAUCGGAAAACAUGUUUUCAUUGAAAAAAGGAGACAAUGUAUCACAGUUUUAUCAGUUUAGUAGUUUGAGUAUUUACAAUAAAUGAAAUGCAAAAGUCAAAGUUAAUUGCAAUAACUCAAAAAAAUAGGAUAUAUUCAAAUAAAGACACUCUUGUACUUAGAAAGCUACCGUGUGAACUGUUGGAUGGCUGGCUGGGUAAUGGUUGAACUUUCACUCUGUUUUGUUUGGUGCAGGUGUAGGAAGCUCAGUCUAGUUAUCAGUUACCCUCAGAGCCAAUGAACAGCUGAAAUAAAACCUGCUUUUUUAUUAUUAUUUAUUUUGUAUUUUAGGACAGCAUGUUGGAAAGAGAUGGAUGUAGAAACUGUUAGUUAUGACCAUUGUACAGUUACACACUUCAUGUUAUUUCCACAAUACUGAACAAUGUAAUCGCACAUCAAACAUUAGUCUGUGAUCCACAUGUCUGGUAUCAACAUAAAAACGCACUACUUAUGUUUCGUAAUGUUUACCACCAAAAUAUAAACCUUAGAGUUUUUUACAGUGUUGUGCAGCCCAGCUGCAGCAUCUGCAGACAUGGUUAAGUUUUCAAAGCAGUGCAGACUGAGGCCUGUGAUUUAACAGCUGAUAGAUAAAUCUCUUUAACUGUUCAGUGAAUCUCAUGACUCUUCCUGCAUGAAAGGGGUUGUUUCUCUUCAGAGUUUCAAAUGUUCAGACAGGCAGGUAUUUUUCGUGGUUUCAGGGUUUUCCUGUACACCCUUGGCUUUCAGACAAUGUUUCCCACAGCUCUGAAUCAGUGAGCUCUGACUCUGAGUCCGCAGAUGUUUUUCAUUUUCUGAUUAGAAGCUUUAUUCAAGCACAUAUUUUAUUUUGUUUUUUUCAAAAGGAAGCCUUUCCUGCAGAUGUAAAGAUACAUUUACUGAGUAUCAGAUGCUCAUCCUGUUGACAGAUACAGAUCAGAGCUUCAUAAAUACUUUGAUACUCACUGUUUAGGGUCCAUGCAGCAAUUUAAAAACUGAAAGUCAGGAAAGUCCCAGUUUGACAUUUGAAGAGCCGAAGAAGUGCCAGCUUAAAAACAAGAUUAUUAAUAAGGGUUUGAAUGACUCUUUGAAUGUUUCUUAACAUCAUAUAAAUGUGAAUCUGGCCCAGAUGGGGAUUCACAGCAAACAUAAAAUGAGUAACAAUGAUCAGUCAGAAAACCUCUAUAACUAAGUAUCAGUUAUACAAGUUAUACAGGUUAUACAGCAAAUUCUCAAUCAGUGCAUUCUUAGUUUUUGCAUGAGCAGUCUGUCAUCGACCAUGUGGGUCAGAAUCCUGCAGACGUUACGUUUGAAGACAGCUGGGAACGACCCGACUCUUUCUGUCUGUCUGUCUGUCUCUUUUUCUCUGCUUCUCCACAGACAGUCGAGUCUUUCUCUCCCUCUGUUCUGUCCCUGCUCCUCUCUCUCAUUGUACGGACACAGUUCCUUUAUUCAGCUCCCAGUCUCUAUUCUCUCAGCCCCUCUUUGUCUCACACACACACACACACACACACACACACACACACACACACACACACACACACACACACACACACACACACACACACACACACACACACUUCCUCACUUUUACAGUAGGUCAACAAAUCCACCCUUCUUCUUAUCAGCAGAUUAGUUCUCGACGAAGCAUGGUUGGGUUAGAGGUGCGUGUACCAGCAAGUGACGAUUUCAUCACACAGGUCAAAGUCCAACGCACCAACCUAUGUCCCGCCCACGUAUCAGUGACUGAUACUGUAACGCCACCCCAUGUUAGAAACAUGUCAUUGCACCUCUGUCAUGUAUUGUAUUUCCACUCACAUUGUCCUCUCCUCUGUUUUCCAGGAUAUGUUUGCGUUCCUGAAUAAGAAGAAUGUCCGUCAGUACAUUUACAAAGUAAACCCUCUUCUUAUUUGCAUCGAUAUAUGUCACCCUGCAUGCUCUUUGAUCAUGUAAAAGAGGCAUGUUGAUAAAACAACUUAUGGGCUGACUGAAAAGACAUUUGUUUCUAUUGCAGAACAUCAUCCACAGUUCUGGUGCAGUCCAGGAUGAGAUGGCUCACUACCUCUAUGUGCUGCAGUCAGUGACCUUAAACCAGCUGGAUCCUCGCAUGAGGACGCCUCUGGACUGUUACAGCCAGGUGAGCAAGCUCCAAGCUCCAGAUGGGCAAAUUUAUGACUUCCAUCCUGAUAAAACACACAAAGUUUAAAACGGUCAAAAUCAAUUUUAUUUUCCCUGGUGAGAAUAAUCCUGAUCAGUUGAAGAAGCAGUGUAUAGAAAUAAGAGUAUCUAGAAAUAUCCAGCACUCAGACUCUAGAUUGAAACAUCCUUGCUCACCCUGGUGAAGAGACGAUACAUAGGGCUCAAAAACAAAACCAUUUUAUAUUCAGGGGAUUAUUCACAAAAUUAAAAAUACUUAUGAAGAGUAAACUCUAUUUCUACCAACUCUGUUCUAUACUCAAUACUGUUUAAUUCUGCAGACUGCACCUGCACAAAAGUAUAUAUAGAAUUAUUGAAAUACAUCAAAACCAGCAGAUAUGGUUGUUCAUAAUCUGCUGAAGUCCCCAUGCUUAUUUGGAUACUGACCUCGUUUGUCGUCAUUUAGGAUUAAUGAAAACUUGAAUGUACUGCAGCUAUCACCUGCACCAAGAACACAAAUAGCACAGUGGUGCUGUUUGUUCUGUAGUGCAGUUUGUGUUGCAUUUAACCCUUUGUGUGUGCUUUGUGAGUAAGAAAGUGUCUUCAUCUGCACCGGUAUAGUGGGAGAACAAGUGAUGCAAUGUUUCUUUGAAUGAGGCCCUCAAAGACAUACUCCCAACCUUGACCUCAAUAAUAACUCCCAACCUUUUACUUUUUAAUUUAAUUUUAAACUCUGCAUCCUCUCCCUCCACUUCAGGACCAGAGGGACAUACUUCACGGUUUGCGACAAGCGGCUUUCGAGACAGAAAGCGAGAACAGUCUGAGCCACGAGAGGCGCCGCUCGCUCUGCACCAAGGAGUUUAAGAAGUUAGGCUUCUCAGUAAGUGAUCGCUUUGACGUGUCAUUCUGCAGCUUUUCUUUGUCACUAUUAUCAGUAUUCCUUAUUCUGGUGUUUUUCAUAAUUACAUUACUUCCAGAAUAACAGCAACCCUGGUCAGGACUUGGUACGGACACCACCUGGUCUUCUAGCUUUGGACACCAUGUAUUAUUUUGCUACCCGUUACCCUGACGCCUACAGCAGGGUGAGCACGAUUUCAUCAGCUGUUCAUUCAGCCAAUUUAAUUCAUGGCACAGUAUAACUAUAACUUGAACUUCAGAUAAUGAUAUAUUAUGAUGCCUGAUAUUAAUGUUACCCAUAUUAUAUUUGAUUGUCUGAUAUUAAAAUGUAGUAAAAUUGAUGAGUAAUUGAUGUAAUGCUCUGAAUCAGAGACUUCAGUUUACAAGAAGCUUGAAUUUGAUGUGUAAAGUCACGUUGUGUGUCUCUGUCUCAGUUUGUCCUGGAGAACAGCAGUAGAGAAGAUAAACAUGAGUGUCCAUUUGCGAGGAGCAGCAUCCAGCUCACACUCAUCCUGUGUGAAAUCCUCCGAAUUGGAGAGCAUCGUAAGUGUCAUCUCUAAACUUUUGAUGCCAUAACCUCAAAACUUCAAGUCAAUCCUGAUUUAAAGCCUAAAGUUGACUUUUUUUCCCCUCAUCAGCCUCAGAGACGGGAUCAGACUACCACCCCAUCUUCUUCAGCCAGGACCGGCUGAUGGAGGAGCUUUUCUGUGUCUGCAUUCAGCUGCUCAACAAGACCUGGAAGGAGAUGAGAGCCACACAGGAGGACUUUGACAAGGUACAGCUUAGUUCAGUAUGACAUGGCAUGGUUUCCAUCUCCAGCUAGAGCUGUUGUACCAUACUGAGUGAUUUUGACACAGACACACAAACCUAACAUUGAAGGAAUCACACAAACUUUAGCAGAUACUUCUUGUAGCACAGGGACCAGCUCAUCGUGUGAGUAUUUAUUAUCAGAUUUUAGUCCCAUCUCAUUACACACCCCAAAUACUCUGAGAGGGUGGACUAAAUCCCACAUUUAUGCAAGAGUCUCUAAAUCUUAUCGAUGGUUAUUGAUGAAAACAUAAUAAAGACCCAGCAAGAGGAAUACUUUUGACAUUUUUAGUUUUUAAUUUGUCUUUUACAAAAGUUCUCUCUUCUCUAAACUUUCCAAAAUCAUGGUUUUGGUCAAUGAUAUAUGUGAAAUGGUCUGAUUGAAACCUCACAUCUGUGACACUGCUCAAGGAUGACAGUUCUGUUGAGAUUUAUUCAUCCAUCUGUUAUCAAUACUGUUUAUCCCAUUUGGGGUUGAGGGAAGUCGAGCCAAUCCCAGUUCUCAUUUGGGAGAACCGAUGGGUGAGGCGCCUUCGAUUACAUCCACAUUUUCUACAGUCAGUUGGGUUUGACAGAUAUAGGUCAUCAUAUACAGUGCUCAGCAUAAAUGAGUACACCCCGUCAGAGUUGUCAGAAAACCUUAAGUUUCCUUUCAAAAUCAACAUUUUCUAUGUCAGACUAUACAACAAAAUACUCCCCAAAUAUAGGCCAUUGAUUGCAUACAAGAUUUUUUAAGUUGCAUACAAAGAAGUAUAUAUAUAUAUUUUUUUUCAAUUUAAAUUCAGGAUGCAAAAAUGAGUACACCCCAAUCAAAGUUCUGGGAGCAAAGCUAAAUUUUAGUUACCAUAUCACCCUUAUUUUUAUCUUAAAGUAAAUGAAAGGUUUUGUUAAACUCAGCUUUGUCAAAACUUUGGAAAUUGUACUUUUGCUCAUCUAGAUAUUGAGUAAUACAUUACUUUUAAUAGGGGCUGUACUGACUUAUGCUGGGCACUUUAUAAAGACUGAUAACCAUUCAUGCUCAUACUUACAUCUUUGGGCAAUUUAGAGUCACUUGUGAGCAUAGCUAGUAUGUCUUUGUAUGACAGAAGGAAGAAGUGAAGAACCUACGUUCUGUAUGCACACUCUACAGAGAAAAGCUGCAAGGUAAACUUCUCUCAUCCUGUUGGAUCUCUUGUUUUAAUGACAAAUAAUUAGAUGUCACAUUGAACAGGACGAGAGGAUUUGAAACAGAUCCGUUUCUUGACAAUUUUGCAAACAAAUCCCUUAAGAAAGGAAAACUUUUCUUUCCCUGCUAGAGUUAGGCUCAUGUGUGAGUCUGACAUUGACCUGCAGCACCAUUAUGAAGUAUCUUAAAUGAUGAAAUAAUGUGUUUUUGGUCACCCUCUGAUGGCAGGAUGAUUGACAGUCAGGUUUUUACAAAGCAAAGUGGACCAUUUGACCAUUUCUGUGAUAAAAAUCAGAUCUUGUUGAUUGGGAAAAGUUGAAAUACAAUGUCUCUGAACUUCGGUGCACCCUGUGCUCAAUGAUUCGAAAAGAGGAAUCAAGCCCACUCUCAGUAAUGUGAACUAUGCAGAAUUUUUAUCCAAAUUAAAAUCUCUUAAAGGGGAAAGCUCUCAGACACACCAAGAGUGAAGCUCAGGGGGAUUUCAUGUAUGAUGUUGUGAUUCAUUCAUGUGCAAACCAUCUUCAACUGGCCCCCCACAGACAGAGCUGACACUCCUCUUAGGAUCACACAGACAAAGUGCAGUUCUUAUAUGAUGGUAAUGGGACCAGCCAGGCCUUCAGCAGCAGGGUCUUGUCUGCGAGAAAUAUUGAGAGUCGCGCCGUCCUGAAAAGUUGAAAGCUGCAGCUUUUGUCCUGAGCCACAUCCAACGGCCCACAACUGCCCGUCAUCAACAGAGAGCUCUCCUGAUACUCAUAAAACUCACUGACCUUCGACCCUUUAGGACAGGGCCAGUGUUCAGAGCGCCAGGCCAGCAGGCCGACCUUUUGUUUCCAUACACGGCCUCCUACCCAGGGUGCUUUGGGGCAAAGACAAAGGAGCAUUAGGCUGACAAUGAGAAACGUGGUGGGCGGCAGAAACAGAGGGAGAAGGAAACCGGGAAAACAAAGCGCUCGGGGCACGAGCAGUAAUUACACAACAAAUGCUGCGGGAACGUAAAACCUCCGGGAACAAUACAGGAGGGGGAAACCGAGAGGGGGAGAGUGGAGGGAGCGCUGAAUCUCAUGAAAAAGAGAAGAGUACUCUGUGAUACACGGGAUAUAGGGUUUGUUUCUUUACACUUUGCAUUUCAGUCAUCAACACAUAUCAACUAAACAAACCACAAAGAACAAACUCAUCUUGAGAAAGGUGAGAUGCUUCAUGACUUUAUGUGAUGAUUUAUUUGACCUCUAAAGAAAAAUUACCUUUUCUAAUCAGCAGAGUAAAAGUCUGUGAUAACUCAGAGUCCCAGAAGAAAAAAUAAAUCCGAGCCAACGCUGAUUCAGGUAUUAGAAAUAAGAGUGAAGCCCCAUCACUGAGUGUAAUCCUGGUUUUACUAGAUUCCAACAUCCUAACAUUUAGUUGAAAAGCAAAAAACUACCCAAAACAAAAAUUGCUAGUGAGUAGGGCCAACCUGGGUUCACGGAUUCUGCGAUUAAUAGUGCUAGAUUGGUUUUGCUGAGAGUGGUUAACAUUAGCAGAGCUAGCUCCACCAGGCUUGGGCUGCAGAUCAAGGUCAACAUGCUCAGUUAGCUCCUUACAUGUCGGUUUUAUAUAUUUUCUCCAUUUCCCAAGUCAAAAUAUGAUAAACUGCUCAUGUGAUGCCACUCUUUAUCUUUCUGUGUUUACAUACAGGUAGUAGAUCAUUAUAGCAUCAUGGAAGUAGCCAAUAACUGGAGCCCCAGUCCCUGUGCAACAACCUCAACACCAUGUUUGAUACACACUUCUGAACUACCGUUACAAAAAUGUUCAUUAUAUAUAUGUUCACAGAUAGAGAUCUCAAAUUCAGACAUCUCUGGUAAUUGCUCAUCUACGACCAGUAAUCAAAAUUGAUCCACAUAGUCCUUUACAAUCCCUGCAAUGAUCAGUGUCCACAAACACACAUGCACAUACACAUUUAACACGUGCACAUGCCGCAGGCUUUUCGGGAACAGAGACAGCUGCCAGUCACUGCUCCUAUUGGCCAGUUCGUCUGAAUGGCACCGGGGCUGGAUGGAGGGGGCGUGCAUGUGUGUGAGAGUAUCAGGGUGUGUGUUUACAAAACAGCCACAUGCCUGCACCUCUGCUGUCAUGUAGGUGAUCUGCAUGUCUCCGCUUCUCACUUUUCACCGCCUGUCAACCCCUCGCUUUCCUCUGAUUGUUAAAGAGGCAGGAAUUUCAAAGUUGGGAUUUAAAUCGUUUACAAAAAAAAAAAAAAAGUCAUCUCAGAGGGAAAAAAAGAUGGAGGUAAGGUUGCUCUCCUGAGUUUUUUAUUGGUUUGAAUGUGGAUUUAUCGGUUUUCUGAUCAUUAGUUGUUUUCUGAUUUUCCAGUAGAGGAUCUUCUCAUUCAGACUGAGUUGUUAAAAAGUUGACAGGACAACAGAGAUGAUUUACAGCUCUAGAGUAAAGAUGACAUAACAGUGUGAAGAGGCUGUCUGAGGCUUGUGUCAUGUGAAAGUUACAGGACAGUGUGAUUAUUUUGGCUCGGGGGGAUUGAGCAGGGAGGCACAGUGAAACUCCGGCUGCUUGUUUUGUGUUUUUGCAUGUUCACACAAACUCGGAUGACACUCUAGGUUUCAUUAUUUGCACCUACAUUGACAGCAGAUGGAAAAACUGUCGUCCUCUGUGCUGUUACAGUCUAAAAUCUCACUCUCCUGAUGAUAAGAAGUGUCGUCAGUCUGUCACGAGCUCAACGGCUCAGAUUCAAAACUCUUGGUUUACUUCUGAGCAGAUUCUUUGCCUUAGCUCACAGUUUUUGUGUCUCAAAGCUUUUUAUUGUCUUGAGAAAAGCCCAGACGGAGCUGGAAUGAGCGGCUCAGAUGACACUUUAGUGAAUGAUUGUUCACAAUCAGUCCAAUUGGGUGUGAAGAGGAAUGAUCUAGGUCAGCAGAGUGUGUCGGGGGAGAGACAGCAGGACAAAUAACGCUGCAGUUGGCUCGGUCUGGUAUAGAUUUUAAUAUAGAUUUUCCACCUUUUACAACUGAAGCACUAAUGCCGAAAGGAGGUAUAGAUUUUACACAGAUACAGGGGUACUGUUUGACCCACUGCCCUGAGCUCUUUGUAAGGGUAGCUGGGGUCACCUCCUGUCCCUCUGUGUGAGCUUCAGUCCAACAACUCAUGCAGAACACAUAAAGGCACACACACAGUCACACAGAACUAUCAUCUGUUGUUAAAAAUGUGUAUUUAACUGAAGUGGACUUGAAUAUGCGGAGAAAGUCAUACCUGCCUGUGGCAGUCAAACUUUACACCUCCUCCUCUUGAGUGUCAGACAAUCUGCCCCCUGCAUGUCUCGCCUUCAGUGAAAUUUCAUUAUCUUAUUUUCAACUGAUAAUUCAGACAACUAUUCACUUUAAAAUUUGAUGAAAUCCAAAUUUCUUCAACUUGAAUUCUCAGUGAGAUGAAGUACGAAAGGAUCAGGAGCACUCAGUUGUUGGACAGAGCACAGAUCAGCUGAUACUAUAAUAAGAUAAAUCUAUUCAAAGCAGUUCUAUAUUUCUCAUUUCUGUGUUGUGAGCAUGUUGCACAGUCUGUCUCAGGCUGUACUGGCCUCUCACUGGAGCUUUACAGGUCAGCUGAUCACACAUAUGGCCUCUGAUAGUAGACAGACCAAAACAAAGAUGGUAGCCUUCAUCCACUUUAGCCAGCUAACCAACAAAACUACAGUGUUUCACAAAAAAGCUCCUAGAUGUCAGAUUAACGCAGCGUUUAUGUCUCGGUCUUACCGUUGUGUUUUUAGAGCUGAUAUUGUAAAAACACUAAAGUAUUCGUCAGCAGGUGGACACCAUGAAUUUUCUUCAGAUGUAUUUUGAGGGAAAAAAAAUAUAUGUGAUAUGUGUAUUUAUGUGAUCCAUUUUUUUUAUUGAAUUUUUCCAUUUCAUUCAAGUAGAACAAAAAGUAAACAAAGAUAUAAUGAAAAUACACAACAGGACAAAACAAACAAACAAACAAUAAAAACAGACAUAAGAAAACAGUUAUGUGUCAGUCUCAUCAGAUAUCCAAAUAUAUAACUCCCUAGUUUUUAAUAUUCAGAUUCUUCAUGUUUGUCUUUUUUCCUUUUUAAUUUAUAACUUUAAUGUAACGUCUCUCAGUGGUUACUGGAAUUAAAGAUAACAGUCAUGGAAGUGUCAGUCUCAUCAGUAAUAGUCUCACCGUGGCUUUUGGACCAACUGUAACACCAAUAUUUCCAUCGGGGAUGGAUGACGUCUCUCUGAAUCUGAUACAAAUGUAGUCAGCUCUUUCUUGACUUGUUUGUCAGGAAAUGUAAAUGUGUUUACUCUGUCUGGUCUGGUUGUGAGGGUGUUGGAUGGAUGUGGCAAGGUUGAUAAUGAUCGGUCUGAUCGAUGUCUGGCCCAUGUCUGAGUUAGAGGGGGAGGGGACGUUAAAAUGCAGCUCAUGUGAUAUGACAGUGCUGAGGAGAGGAGCUCUGAAACUUUGAACUGAUGAUAGACAGAGGAGGGAACUUUUAUGGAGAGACCAGAAGGAACCGGUUGUGACUAAAACACUAAUUGAAAGAAAACUACAGGAGAUAAAACUAAGCAUUUACGCUGGGCGAAUUACCUUUAAAUCUGUGGUACAGGGUUUGGAGGUUGGGUUCGUAUAUUUUUAACACCUCGGUGUAGGAGGCAAAAGUUUGUUUGCUUGUUGGUUGAUUACUUUUGAGACAUGACAAAUGAGACUGCAGACAAUUGAAUUUCCCUUCUGGUCAAAAUAAAGUUAUUCUUAUGUGCUUGGGUAAUACCCUCAUGGAAGCUUAAAUAUAGUCUGCAGAGUGUUACUUUGUGGGAAUGUUGAAUGUUAGCAGUUUCUUUGCGUCACACUAAGUUUUAGGGCUGGGAGGAUACGAUUUUUUGGAUGCCGAUUUGUUUCAAAUUGCAAUUCUACGAUAUUGUCGAUUUUUAGUCUGCAUUUUUAACACCAGUGAAGAGGUUAAAUGAUUAUGAUUGUCUACUGACUAUAUACCAUAUUUGCCCAAAAAAUACACAUCACAUGUUGGUCAGUUUUUAAGAUUUAUUCAAAUAAAAAUCGAUUUAAAAAUUAUAAAACAAAAAAUCACGAUUCUUGCGUGAAUCGAUUUUUUUCUCCCACCCCCACUAAGUUCAUGUUAAAAGUUGUGUGAAAUGAUGGAUGUUGUCAGACUGGAAGGCUUGAUAUAGAUGCUGUCUACUAUCCAACUACAGCUGUAUUUUUGCUGCAGUCUUUUUGUUGUACCAACAGGACUUGAGCAGGUCUCUAAUUUGCAUCCCAUCGCUUCAUAAUUGAGCAUUAAAAUUCUCUGUCAGCUUUAAGAACAUCGUUUCCCUCUGUUCCCAUCUCUCUGUGCUCAGGUGAUGCAGGUGGUGAGGGAGCAGAUCACUAGGACAUUGUCCAGUAAGCCGACCUCCCUGGAGCUCUUCAAGAAUAAAGUCAACGCCUUGAACUACAGCGAGAUCCUCAAACUGAGGCAAACUGAGCGGCUGCACCAAGAAGAGACCCUGGCUCCUCCUGUGCUGUGAGUUCACACAAUAGUCACAUCUUAGAUAAAAACCUUAGUUGAAACAAGAGGCACUUGUACCCUGAUGUUUUCGUUUGUUUCUGUCUGUUUAACCAGUGUCUGCACAAAGUAUGACAGAGAUCAUUACAUCUCUUUAGAGAACAAUCCCCAGAAAUAAGCCCCCUCUGAGAUAGUUGUGAGAAAAACAAGUGAACAUCUCAUCAAAUUGAAUAUUUUCAAGCUUUAGAAAAAUAACACUGCCUGAUCAGCUGAUGUAUUGAUGACUGAAAAAGUUUCCACCCCUAUGGAAACAGAUAACAGGUCACCCAGACUGCACUGUUGAUCGCACUGUUUAUCACUAAACACUGAGUGUAACAAUGUGCUGCUGUCACAUUCAUCCACACAAGUCAGGUUUUUGGCAUUUAUGGUCUAUUUAUACUGUUACUGCUGAUGUAAUCUCCCAUCAUGAUUUGAACAAAGAUUUUUAGGGCAAUACUUGUGCUUUCUGUUAGGGCCGGACGAUAUGGCCUCAAAUCAGUAUCACAAUAUAUUGAGCAGUUCAACAAUGUGUGGACAAUAACUACUCCACAAGCUGCUCACCCCCUCCCACAUUAACUUUGUUUACUUCAGCCGCUACAACUUUUGAAAAAUCCUCCAUCUCCUCACCUGUCUUUCCCUCUUUGUUACGGACUGGAUGGGGUGUAGUCACGUCUCCGACGUAGGACAGUGUCUUAAAGACACAUGAGACCAUAGCCUACCAACACACAACCAAAACCAACUUUUUUUUAUUUAUUUAUUUAUUUAUUUAUUAACACCGUAUACAUUGGCAUUGCAAAUUUCGCAAAUUUCAGUAUCUGUAAAUUUUUGGUUUAUCGCCCAGCCCUACUUUCUGUGUCUUGUAUCAGGUUUCUGUUUAUAUUGAUAUCUUUAUGUUGUUUUGCUUGUGAGAGUAAAACCAUGUCAGCUGAGGAAAUGCAUCUCGAGGCACGUAGUUGAUCAUUCAUGUAUGUUGUUUUUGUCAGUGAGCUCAAAGAGCGUCUAAAGCCGGAGCUGCUCGAGUUGAUCCGACAGCAGCGACUGAACAGGCUGUGUCAGGGAACAAUGUUCAGGCAGAUCAGCAGCCGACGCAGACAGGGUGAGAAAAUAUAGAAUCAUACAUACAAAAACAGAAAAACAAAACACAAUGAGUGCAUAUCCUUUUUUACUCACCACCAUUAUUUUUGUGUCUUCCAUCAGAUAAACUGUGGUACUGCCGCUUGUCACCAAAUCACAAAAUGCUUCACUACGGUGACGCCGAGGAAGACACAGAAAACCCACCAAUUGAGACACUGCAGAAGAAGAGUGAGUCACAGCAGUGAUAUGAAGAUCUUUGAUUUGUUAAUACUGAUAUUGAUCAGGUUCUUGGAUCCUCUCUGUUCAUUACUCUCAUUAUCUCUGCCCUCUUGCCCCCUCAGUUCCUAUAGCAGAUAUCAAAGGCCUGCUGACGGGGAAAGACUGUCCUCACAUGAAGGAGAAUAAAGGCAAACAGAACAAAGUGAGCGGCCCUCCUUCUUUUUCCAGUCUGGUUGUUUUUACUUUAUGAAUGAUACAUCUAACUUUGUGUGUGUGUGUGCUGUAGGAAGUGCUGGACCUUGCAUUUAGCAUCACAUAUGAUGUAGAGGAGUCUAGCUUGAACUUCAUCGCCCCCUCCAGAACUGAUGUGAGUUUCAGCUCAAACUCUGCACUCUUGUCUACAUCAUUAGGUGGCACACAAUGAGAAGUGAACAGUAAUUUUAUCAUCUUGUUUCCCGUCAGUUUUGCCUGUGGACGGAUGGUCUGAGCGUCCUCCUGGGCAGAGAGAUGAGCAGUGAAGCCAUGCGCAGCGAGCUGGAAAUCCUCCUCUCCAUGGAGAUUAAGCUCCGCCUCCUGGAUCUAGAGAACGUUCCCAUCCCUGACAGCGCACCUGUCAUCCCCAAACCACCGAGCAACUACAACUUCUGCUACGACUUCAGCCAGACCGAGCAGUAGAGCGUGUGCACUCACUGGAGUGCAGCCAUGAAGUGUGAAUGUGUAAAUACACUGUGUGUGUGUGUGCGUGCGCGUGUGUGUGUCUGAAAAAAAAGUGUGUGAUUUAUGCACUUGUUCCUGUAACACAGAUUUAUAACUUUAAUAGUGUAUUCUUCUCGGUGGCCUCAUCCUUUAAUCUCAAGUGAAAAUUUGAACAGGGUUGAACCUGUGGAAGUGACUUUAAUCUAGUAUCCAGUUUCCCGGUGUGGAUCGAUGCCAAACGGCCGCUGACUGCACUGAUGUUGCACGAUUUUAGUCCUCAUCUGGGACACACACUCUUUUAGUCUGUCUUUCAACUUCCCCUCAGCUGUGUGGAAACUUCAAGGAGACCUCUUUGCUCAAUCUCACCUAUAGAGUCACUUUGCAUGAUUCCCAAGACUCCUUUGUUAACUUUGACUGGCAUCCACAGACCCCCGUCAUUUCAGCACUGUUCAGCCUCUGCUUGUAACACUUUGUUUUGGCUGCUUUGCUGCUAAUGUAAAGUUGGACACAGCUUGUGGGUGUUACUUUUUACACAGUUUUUAUGUCAUGAAAGUUGUGCCUGUCAACAUCUGAGACCAGCCAUUUUGGCUCCUCAUUACAUGUCAGCUAUUGUUAAAUCACCUGUUGUUAUAAUAUCACUUAAAACGUGUGGCCCCGGCCUUCAUGGAAGGUGUUUUUUUGUUGGUGGGACAGCUCAAGGUUCAAGUAACAGCUGAGAUACAAGUCCAGCUUUAACUGGCCUUUGUUUACAAAGGAGUCAACAGUACAAACAGCUACGUUGUGGCUGUGGCGAAACUACCCAUUGUUUUCUGGAGAAAGGGCAAGGGAUGGAAUGGACUGUCAGAGUGAGGGGAAAUUGAAAAGGUUGACAUGUCCUUCAACAUUAAGUAGGGUGACCAUAUUCUGAAUUCCUAAAAAGAGGACACCACUACGCAGGGCGGAGUCACAGAGUUGGGGGUAGUGCAUUUUGAAAGUUUUUCGGAUUGGGUCGGCUCGAGUGUUUGUUACGCGCUUCUAACUCAGUUAGUCCACGUGACACAAACUCAAAACUUCCAUAAAAACCCUGAACAUUUAAAGGAUUUUAGGAUUUUACUCCCCCGAACAGGCCGGACAGCUCCCCCCUAAGAGGACAUGUCCGGAUAAAAGAGGACAUGUAGUCAACCUACAUUAAGUUAGCAGUACAGCAGAGCCUGCUAACAGGUCUAGUCUCCAACACAAGGGAUUACACCAACAUCUGAACAUCUAACACUGUAACAUUAUAUGUGUGUGUAUGAAAACACAGAGCAGUAAAAUCGGUCUCCUUUCAAUGCAGCUACUUUAACACUCGGACAUAUGAGUUUAUUCUGACACGAUACAGUCACUGACUUGACUUGUGGUACUUUAUUUUGUUUGUAAUCAUUUUAUAUUUUUAAAAAUAUCUAAAACUAUGUUUAAAACAUGGAUUAUUCUUGUUUGUGUAUUUUAUUUUCUGUUGCUUUUCUAAGGCUUAUAGUAGAGCCCAGAGCUUCAUGGGGAUGUGGCACAUACAACACAUGAAAGGCUAUGAUUUAGUUUUUGGACACAAAUAAGCUGAUAUAAAAACAGGUAGCAGGUUAAAGGUACAGUGUGGAGUAUUUGGCAGACUUAGUGAAAAUAGAAUAAAAUAUUCACGUGUUUCGUGAUACAAGUCUACACAUACAUAGAGGUACUCACUUUUGUACGGAUCCCUCAUCGUGAUUACUGAAGAUCAGGAAACUCAACAGUUUUGUUUCUCGGCACCACACUGACUUCCUCUUUAUUUUUGAACAGAAGGCUAAUGAGCGUGUCCCAUGAUGAGGUUUGAGGAUGCACAAAAAGAAAAAAAAAAGAAACGUGUGGCUCUGUGCAAUCACUGAUCUUGCAUUAAAUCCUGACCUAAUGUAUAAACUGACCAAUUUCACUCCAGGUACUUGUUUUUAUUAUGAUUAAGCACUCAGCGGUGACACUCGUCGGAGUGUUUUCUGCUUUUUCUCUGGUAGCGGGUUCUUUCAUUUCAGCAUGGUCACGGCUGUCCCUGCAUUUCUGACAUGUGAGAAAACUCACUUUGAUUUGUUACCUUUGGGCGACUUCACAUGAAUAAACAUGAAAACAAAUGAA